ACUUGCGAAAAUUCAACAAUAUAUGAUUCGCGAAAUAGAAAAAAAAGGGGCGGGAAAAUUGAAGAGCCGAUCGAACGAGAUCUACUUUUUGCUUCGAUCAGAUAUUCUGAAAUGGAUCCAACCAACAAAUCGUUGCUGGGAUGUAGGGCUUUGAAAUUCUCGGAGAAACUCUGCGCCGCCGUAUUCCCCGUUAUAUCGAUAAUCGACUCCUUGAUUUUUGCCUUCUCCGGUUGUUUUGAAUACCGAAAUUCGUGCCGGAGCAAGGAAUCGCACUACGGAAACAAGGAAAUCGUUCGACUCUCGCAGGAAUCACACUUUACUGUGAAUGAAGUGGAGGCAUUGCAUGAGUUGUUUAAGAAGUUGAGCAGUUCGAUUUUCGACGAUGGAUUUGUACAUAAGGAAGAGCUUCAGCUGGCGUUGUUUCGAACAUCAUGUGGUCAGAAUUUUUUCUUGGAUCGGGUUUUUGAUAUUUUUGACAAGAAAAGAACUGGUGUUAUUGAUCUGGAAGAAUUUGUUCACUCCCUCAGUAUAUUCCAUCCCAAUGCCCCCGUGGAAGACAAAAUCGAAUUUGCAUUUAACCUUUAUGAUCUGAGACAAACCGGGUCGAUAGGGCGAGAAGAAGUGAAGCAGAUGGUGAUUGCAUUACUAAUCGAAUUCGAUAUGAAACUCACUGAUGAACUCCUGGACCAAAUUAUCGAAAAGACAUUUAUGGAUGCUGAUGCUGAUGAAGAUGGUAAAAUUAAUGAACAAGAUUGGAACGCUUUUGUCGCUCGACAUCCAUCGAUUUUGAGGAACAUGACUUUACCUUAUUUGAAGUUUGCUCAAGUAAAACUAGGAAUGACCUGAAAUGUGUCACUUGGCAAUAAAGUAGAUGAAGAUAUUAACAAGUUUGUCCCAAUGUUGCAAUGUUAUAAAUUUUGUAAUAUAUAUAUAUAGAUAUUUUUCAAGAUAUGAGUGUGACAGUCGAGUGUCGAUCAAGGAUCAGAGAUUAUUCGGAGAAAUCCUUAAAUAAUAGUAAGAAACUGCAAAAAAAGCGACCAAACAAUCCAAAUCGAU